AUGUAAGGCUCAAAUCAACAGUAUGGAUAGGACUAAUCAUUAUCUAAUCAAGCAUCAGACCAGAAUUAACAUAAUUAUAUUCCAUUCUAAUUUGCGGGGCAGGGACAAUUUUCAGGGUAACAAUAACAAUAUAUUGCAUAACCAUAACACUUACAAUAUUCUCAAUCAUACCAGUAAUAAAAUGGUUAAUAAUUCCAAAAUGGAACCCCAAAUCCAUAAGCUUAACCUCAAAUGAUAUCAAACCAAAAUCAAAUGUCAAACAUCUAGACUCAAUAAUUUAAUAUACCUCAAAUGAUGGCAAUUCCGGGUUAAUUUCCGUCGCCAUUCCCAUUUCCAAUUCACAAUCAGCCUUUAGCAAUACAAAAUAAUAAUAAUGACAAGAUUAAAUAAUUAUAGAAUAAAAUAAAAGAAAAAGAAUAAGAAAUUGAUAAAUUGAAUGAUGAUUUAUAUGAUCUUACUAGAGUUAAAAAUAAUGAAAUUAAAAAGCUAGAGAAUAAGAUUUUAAAUUUGAACAAUUAAAUAGAUGAAUUAUCAAGAGAGGAAUAAAAUAAAGAUAGAGAAAUUUUAAAGCUUAGAAAUGAAUUAGAUUAAGCCUUACAAAAAUUAAAAAACCUGGAAUAAGAUUUCAAAACUCAAAAAGAUGAUUUGACAAAUAAAAUUGAUGAAAUACAGGGUUUGUCGUUUAGUUAUAAAAAACUUGAAAAAUAACUUUAAAUUUUAACUUAAUAAGAUGAUUAGAAAAAGUUGUAGCAAUUGCUUGAUCAGCAAUAAGGACAAUCAGAAGAAGAAAAAAAAAGAUAUAAAUAAUUGAAUGAUUAGAAAAAAAAUAUUGAAGAGUAAAUGUCAUAAAAAGAUUAAACCAUAAGAGAAUUACAAGCAAAAAUAAAGGAAUUAGAAUAUCUAAAUUCAAAGGAACACUAGUAUUUUUUGGACUCACAAGCAGAAGUAGCUAAUUGGAAAAAAAAAUAAAUUAUGUUCGAUAAGCAACUCUAGGAAAAAGAUUAAUCAAUAGAUAAUAUAACUACAUAAUUAAGAGAAUAAAAAUAAAAGAACAAUGAUCUACAUGAUAAGUUGAAAGGAGAAGAAGAAAAUAUUAACUUAUUAAAAUAGCAGUUGAAAGACAUGGAAGCUUUAUUUAAUCAAUAUUAGUAGAAUGCCUCAAAUAAUAAAUCAAAUGAUCAAAAUAAAAAAUAAUUUGAAUAAUAAUUAAAAAAGUUAAAAGAUGAAGCGGAGUAUAACAUUAUAAAAAAUAAUGAAGAAGUGGAAAAAAAUAGAAAAUUAAAAGAAUUAUAAAUGGAAGAAAGUAAAAAAAAAAAAGCAAUGAUGGAUUAAAAAAGAAUGGAAGAUAAAAAAAAUGAAAACAGGAUGAUCAAAGAAAUAAUGAUGAAGAAAUAAUAAGGUUCUCUAGAAGAAUAUGGAAAAUUAGAUAUUUGCUAUGUCAUUGAUUGUACUAAAUCUAUGGAACCAUAUGUUGAGCAAGCAAGAAGCUGCGUUUAAGAAUCCUUAAAGGUGAUCAAAUAACAGACUAACAGAGAUACAAUUAUUUCUUCUGUUGCCUAUUAUGAUAUUGAAUAAAGACCAGCUAAAGGAUAUUAUUAAUUUGAAUUCUCAAACAAUAUCUAAGCCUUUUAAAAGUUUAUUUUAGAAGUUCCUAUAGAAGGAGGCCGAGAUAUACCAGAGGAUGUUAGAGGAGCUUUAGAAUAAAUGAUUACAAAACUCAAAUGGAAGAAUAAAUUUAAGAUAGCAAUAUUAAUUACUGAUUCUCCAUGUCAUGGAAGAAAAUAUCAUUAAUUCCCUGGUGAUUUUCAUCCUAAUGAUGACAUCACAGAAGUUCUUCAUCGUUUGAUAGAACAAUAAAUUAUAUUAAUAGGUUUUAACUUAAACGAUAAAACUAUUAAAAUGUAUGAUGAAUUUAAAAAAAUUUAUGAAGCUAAAAAUGCUUCAGACUUUUUUGUGUACGUUGAUGUUGCAGGGCUUAAAGUUGCUCAGUUAGCAGAAAAAAUGGCUGGAUCUUUAGGAAGUGCUUCAGUAGCUGCUACUUAAGUAAAGUCGUCAGGAACUAAAUCAAAAAAGCCAUCAUAAGAUAGACCAAAGAAUAAAGAUGGUGCUAUUGAGGCUUUAUGUAAGUAAGGAGACUUUUAAAAUUUUGAAAAAUAAACUAAGGUAGUUGAUACUGUGUUUACUGUUUUAAAUGUAAAAAUAAAUGAUUAGGUUUUUGCUGAUAAUCUAUCUACCAUAAAUAACAUUGGAAAAAAUCCAUAGAAAGAUUAUAUAAUCAAAGUAGAAGGAUAAUGGAAUUGUAUCAGAACUGAGUUUCCGUUUGCAUUUGGUAUGAUGAAAGAUGUCUUUUUAAUGAAAAAAAAGAAUGGAGGAUCAGAUGAAUUAUAUGUAAUAAAAACUCCUCUUGGCAGUAAACCAUAUCCAUCAUAACUUGAGGCUGUUCAAGAAUGCAGAUCUCACUUGAUAUGCUAAUAAUUAAUGAAAAAAUUUUAAACUGAUAUUGUUGAAGCUUUAGAAUAAUAGAAUAUUCAACGUAAUUAUCCUAAAGUAGUUUAUAGUGACUUUUUGAUUUUAGAGGAAAGCAAAGAUAAAUAUUGGAUUGCUGAAAGGUUUUUCAAAGGUGAAUUUGUAAAAUAUAACAAUAAUUAUGGUUUCAUUAACGAAGAUACUUCAGAAUUAAAUAAAUUUGCUCAAGCAUUCUCAUAUUAUACAUUCUUUGUUAGUAGAGGGUUAUAUAUGAUAAAUGAUGUUUAAGGAGUUGGAAUCUAUUUUACUGAUCCUGCUGUGAAUACAGCAACAGGUGAUUUUGAUGAUACUGAUUUAGGAUAAGAAGGAUAGGAUAUGUUUUUAGUAAAUUUCCAAUCCAAAUAAGAUUUGGCAUCCGAAAUUUUAAAUCUUUUAAAUUUAUUAAAACAAAAUUGA